AUGGCAGGAAAAUCCAAGAAGGGAGUGCGCCGAGGCUUGCGGCCGACCGCUGAGGGAGACGGUGGGAGGGACGAAUGGGUGGAAGAAGUGAAGCUCGAAGAGAAGAGCACUGAGAGGCAGAGACAAGCCGAAGGAAGCCACGAUGAAGAAAACAACAAAGAAAAAGAGGCGAACAGAGAAGAAGAGAAAAGCGGAACCGUUUCUCUCAUGGGGGGCUCUUGGGGUGGGGAAGGCAGGGACGACGCAGACGAGGUCGAAGGAGAAGAGACCUCAACGGAGAACGCUGAGAGAAGCAUACAAGGUGAAGUCUGUGUAAACUGUAGAGAAGAUGAGAAGCAGCAGAAGACGCAAGAACGGAGUGAGGACAACGAAGAAGAAAAGGCAACAAGAGAGAGAGAAGAGGAAGAAAGAAGUGAGAGAGGUGAGACGGAACAGACAGUUGCCUGCGAUGAGGCAGCUUGUGAAGGACGUCGAGGCGCCGAGUCGCGAGAAGAUAAAGAUUCAUCGAAGCCGAAUCUUUCGAGCGCGACCGAAGAGGAGACUUCGGGAGAACAGAGCGACGCCUGCAGAGAGAACAUCCAGAAGUCGACAGCUGCCUCGCAGCCCUGUUCAGAAAACUUCAGUCGCGGUCUCCCCUCGUCUCAGGUUUCGUCUUCCGCCUCGCGUUCCUCUCUCUCUGCGGACGCACGCGCAACCUCUGACUCGGGUGUACGUACACCCGCCACAGACGGGGACGAGAAGAUUCGGGACGCGGUGAAGACUGUCGAGCGAGCAUCUCUGGAGUGCGCCAUUAAUCGCAUGCAGCGAACUGUGUUAUGUCUCUUGGCAGAAAAGAAACAGACGAAGCUGGAGAAGGCUCGCCUCCUCCAGGAACGUCGCGAUCUGGACGAACGAAUCGUCGAGACUCGCCGGAAACUCCGGGAGAUCGAACCCUCUCUUUCUCUUUCUCCGUCUGCCUCUUCUUCUCUCUCCGGAUUUUCUGGAGCUCUCCUGGGGAAGCUCGCGGCAUUGUCUCACGACUUCGACGAAGCGCUGGAGGCGAAUCUUCCUCAAUCCCUCUCCGAGAGUCCCGACAGCAAAAGAUCUCUUGAAAAGGCGCCCCUCUGUUCUUCUGCUUCUUGCGCGUCUUCUGAUCCCCGCUGUGGCCGGCCAGGUGGCGUCGCUGCGGCGCCGUUGGCCGCGGAGACAGCCGGGGGAAAGGCGACGCUCGAGGAGGAUGGAACCCAACCUGGGAAGGCCGUCGCUGACGGAGCCGGACGCGUCGACGGCGAGAUCUCAGAGAAGAAAGAUGGCAUCUCUUCAGCGCCUGUCUCUGCGCCUGUCUCUGGAGUGAAAGACGCCGAGCGAGGGGACUUUUCCUCUUCUUGGCAUUCCGAGCUGGAGGAAGAAGGGGAGAGUGCGAUGGCGGAUUUCCUAGAGACGCUGGUGACGCGAUUUGGACCCGCAGCAGUGCGAGGUGUCGAGACAGCGGCGACGAAGAUGCGGUCGGGCUUCCACGUUUUGCGGACAGAAAUUGCAGCUGUGCAAGAGAGACAGAGGGCGUUGGAGAGACAGCGAACGCUGGAGCGCCGCGCGAGACUUCAGCUUCUCAAGGAAGAGAGUCUGGAGUACGUCCACCACCAGCGACUUCUGACGCAUCUGCGUGCUUGCGGUGAGCUACAGGGAGAGGAGACAACGCGGGGGCAGGAAGAUACGCCAGAGGCAGCGACGGAAGAAGAGAAGAGAGAGCAGCGCACUCAGUGCAGCGGAGAGGAGGGGAGGGAGCAGAGCGAGGUGCCUGGAGACGCGGAGAAGCCAGGGAACUCUGCUGAUUCUUGUGAGGCGGGAGGAAGAACGAAGAAGGACGAGGAAGGCGAGAGAAAGGCAACGGACGGAGGACAAACAGAAGGAGAGCGGAGAGAAUCAUGUGCGUCUUCUCCUCGAAUCGAGAGGUCCUCUGCUGUGCCUACUUCUGUCGCGCAGUGCGCGUUGGCCUUCCCUCCUUCCUCGGCUUUCUCUCCUUCUUCUCCUCUUUCUUCGCAGUGCAGCCGCUCUGCGCUCAACGCUUCUGGACGCGGUUCCUCUCUGCGGGGGCGGGCGCGGAUGUCCCUGGGGACGAGGCGAGAGAGACUGGAGAGAGCAGUUUCUUCUCUCUCUGAGAAGACGGCAGGCGUGCCUCUCGAUCGUCUCUCACAUAACGUCGCGACUGCGGUCGGGUCUGUGAAAACCUCUGUUGCUCGCUGGCUCUUUGGCGCUGACGAAGAAGGUGCAUCACCCGCGCGAAGGCCCAGUCCUCCCAUCGUCCCUCUCGCUCCGAGAUCUCCUCUCUCUUCUGCUUCUCUCUCCUCUUCUUCUACUCUCUCUUCUGCUUCUCUCUCCUCUUCUUCUACUCUCUCUUCUGCUUCUGUCGCUUCUGCUUCUGUCGCUUCUGCUUCUGUCGCUUCCUCGGUUUCUCCGGCGGUGUCUUCCGGCGACUCGCGCUUGCUUCCUGCUUGCUUUGUGAGCGUGGAGGGGAAGCGCGGGGGCGCAGCCACGGGCGUCGUGUCGAGCGGUCGGUCGGGGGCGACCUUGCGGGGGAACUCGCGUUUUCCAUGCCGCGUUUUCAGUCUUUCUUCUCCUACGUCCGACCGCUCUGUCUCCUCGCUUCCGCCGUCGCCGUCGGGCGACGCCGAGGCGCUGGCGGCGGAGAAGGAGGAGCAGAACGAGCUCGCAAUUUCGGUCAUCGAGGCGCAGAUUUAUGUGCAUGCACUCGCGAAGACGCAUCAGGCAUCCGCGGCGCCCGCGUCUGCGCUUUCGCUUGUCGUUCUAGCCACAGAGCAGUGCGACGAGGUGGCGGAGCACUGGGUGCAGAGACACUGGGAGACGCUGAGCGCGUGCGAAGAAGAGAGCGAGAAGGAGAAGGAGAAGAAGGAGAAAUCCCUUCUGAAAACCGCGCCGAAGGAUGCCGCCCGCGCACUCGCAGCCUUCCUCUCCAGGGCAGAAGAAAACAGCGAAGAACUUCCCGUCCGCAUCCACGCACACUGGCUGCAAGUUCUCGGAAAAGUCGAAAAAGGAGAAGAAAGAGAAGAAGCGCGAGAAGAAAGAGAAGAAGAAAGAGAAGAAGAAAGAGAAGAAGAGAGAGAAGAAGAGGGGGAUGCUUUCGGAGCGCAGCCCGAGCCGAUUGUUGCCUAGGAAGUGAACUGCUUCUUUGGCGGAAGAUCCAACGGGGGAGAAAGGGGGAAAUAUGAACUUGGAACGGCGGGGAGGAGAAGACGAAACAGUCGCAUUGCUGGAUACGGAAUCUGCGACAAAGAGAGCAAGAUGGAGUUACGCUCGAGGAAAAC